AUGACGGCUCUUACCAGCUGGAGCUUCAGAAAGCGAGACACAAACAGUAUUGAAAGAAAUCAGAAAAAGAGUGCUUCCGAGCAGGACAUAUUGAGAAGAAAAGAUUAUGAGCAGUGUGCAGUGAAGAAACAAAAUUCGAAUCUACAGCAGCAAGAGAGGAAGAGGCGUUACAGAGGAGUGAGAGAGAGACCCUGGGGUAAACGGGCCGCACAAAUCAGAGACACAAACAAAAGAGUUCGGGUUUGGCUCGGCACUUUUUCCACUGCAGAAGACGAGGCCAAAGCAUACGACGAUGCUGCUUUUAUAUUCAGGGGUAGAAGAGCUAAAUUGAACUUUCCAGAGCAAGCCUCCCUCUCUUAUAAAGUCGGUGUGAAUUCAAAUCAGAAAAAUGUUGACAAUGGUAGCAGUAUGAAUAAUCCAAGAUUAACAGAUUCUUUUUUACCACCAACUCAUGAAAUGUGA